GUGGUACAAGCUUCGCUCCAAACCAGGGAAGAAGGAAAAGGAGAGAGGGGAGAUCGAAGUGGAUAUCCAGUUUAUGAGGAGCAACAUGACAGCCAGUAUGUUUGAUCUGUCCAUGAAAGACAAGUCUCGCUCGCCCUUUGGCAAGCUCAAAGACAAGCUCAAGGGGAAGAGGAGCAGCGGGCUUUCCGACACGGCGUCGGCGAUCAUUCCCAGCACGACUCACUCCCCCGCUGACAGCGAAGAUGAGUCAGUUGAGAAGGAAAAGAAGAAAUCCAAGUUCAAAACCCUGUUUUCCAAACCUGGCCUGCAGAAGACUUCCCUCUCCCAGUCCAUGUCGGUCCUGCCGACGCAGCAGCCCGUCACCGAGAGGGUUCGGCUUCAUCCCAGCGACUUCCAGUCCCAAUGGGAUGACGAGGAGUCUGAGACCUCUCCAACCUCGGAAAAAACCUUUGGAAAUGCCUUGGAAGAGAAGUCUUCUCUUUCUCCUGUAUUUAAGUCUCGUAAAACAGCAGCUGUGGACAGCAGGCAGCUAAACCAAGUAACCACUAGCCACACCAAGAAAGAAGGGCUCUCUUUAUUCAGUGGCCUUAAAUCCAAAAGCGAUCCCGUUUCCAAGUCCAGUCUGUGUAUCAAUGGCAGUCACGUUUAUAUGGAAGAGAGCACGGCGAAGGAUAACACUCCAGCCUCUUCCCCCUCUCCUCACAACUUCAGGAGGAAGCAGCACUUUGCUUCAGAAGAGAACCUGUCUUCCAGAUCGACUAAAGGACCUGAGGAGACGGGAAGAACAUCUCCUAGUCGUGCUUUCUCUGGGUCUGCAUCCCUGGAGACCUUUAAAUCUAUGACUCUGCCGUCAUACAGACUGCUUAGCGGCGAAGAGUACCUGGAAAGCAGCCUUCCUCCCAGUGUUGACGUUCUGAAAGAGCCUAGAAAAACGGACCACAGAAAGCCUGCCUUGCUCUCCCUGGUCACAGGGAAGAAGGAAGCAGCGAAGACCGGUGAUGCUGAGAACGCUCCCGACAGAACCCUGCAGGAUGAGCAGAACAAGGUUCAAGAAGAGAAGAGUGAACAGGAGGCCAAGUGUCUUGACCUUCCAGCAGAUUUAAGCAGAGGGAAUCCCUCGGAAGACGUCUUUGCCAGCAAGCAGCCGCUCAGCCCUUUUGAGGAAGACCGGAAACCUGAAAGAGCUGCUGCAGCGGCGAAGACCAAAGCCGUCAAGCCCAGGCUCCAUCCUGUGAAGCCGAUGAACGCCACCGCCAACAAUUCCCCGAGUAAAAACCUGAAUGUCAUCAGCACGAUGAAUGAAAAGCUGCUCGAGAGGAACGUCAAGAAAUACGAUCCUUCGGAUCCUGCCUACGCGUACGCUCAGCUAACACACGAUGAGCUGAUCCAGCUGGUCUUGAAACAGAAGGAUACCAUUACCAAGAAAGAUCUCCAGGUCCGUGAGCUUGAAGACUACAUCGACAACUUGCUCGUCAGAGUCAUGGAGGAAACCCCAAACAUUCUGCGGGUGUCAAUGUCGGGAAACAAAAAAGCCGGGAAGAUGUAA